AUGGCGGAAGAGGGACAAGUUAUCAGUGUCCACACCGUCGCUGCGUGGAAGGAAUUUCUCGAUAAGGGAAAAGAACCCAAUAAACUGAUUGUGGUGGAUUUUACUGCUUCUUGGUGCGGCCCAUGCCGAUUCAUUGCUCCAAUUCUAGCGGACAUUGCUAAAAGGCUGCCCCAUGUCACCUUCCUCAAGGUGGAUGUGGAUGAACUGGAUUCUGUUUCCAAGGAGUGGGAGGUUGAGGCUAUGCCAACCUUCCUGUUCUUGAAAGAGGGCAAUCUGGUGGACAAGAUUGUGGGUGCCAAGAAAGAGGAGCUGCAAAGCAUCAUAACCAAGCAUGCCAGUGGUGCUGAAAAGGCAGGGCCAUUGCAUUCUCCUUAG